AUGGAACGCAAGAACAAACCCGCCUCCCUGCCAGUCUCGCCACAGAUUGCCCAGCCGGUCGUAGAUUUGAGCGACAACGUGCUCACAGCGCGGUUACCCAGUGGCGAUGCGGUGACGGUGUACCUGUACGGGGCGACGGUGACGUCGUGGAAGACGGCGAACGGCGAGGAGCAGCUGUUCGUGUCGCAGGCGGCGGCGCUGGACGGAUCGAAACCCAUCCGUGGCGGCAUCCCGCUGGUGUUCCCGGUGUUUGGACCUCCUCCGAAAUCGCACGCCACGGGCCAACUGGCACAGCACGGCUUCGCCAGGAACAGCUACUGGGAGUUCCUGGGCAAGAGCAGCAGCGAGAGCCAGGGCCGCAAGGCCGACAACAGUGUCAAGUUGGACUUUGGCCUGAGCAGUUCCAUGCUCGACGAGGCCGUGCGCCGCAAGUGGCCCUACGAGUUCGGGCUCGUCUAUAGUGUCACGCUGGAGAAGAACUCGCUGGAGUGCCAGCUGCACGUGCAGAACAAGGGCGACCAACCGUUCGACUUCCAGGCUUUGUUCCAUACGUAUUUGGCCGUCAAGGACAUUAGCAAAACCGCAGUCAAGGGCCUCCAGUCCUCUCCGUACGUCGACAAGGUCCGGUCCGCCCAGACAUUCACCGAAUCCUCGCCCUCCUUGACCUUUUCGUCCGAGACCGAUAGAGUAUAUACGCCUCCUUCCCUGAAAGACAAUACGUUGGUGCCGCUGGUGGUAACGGAGGAUGGGGCCGAGAGAUUCGUGGUGACGCGCGACGGUCUGCCCGACGUGACGGUGUGGAACGGGUGGGUGGACAAGAUCAAGGCCAUGGGCGACUUCGAGCCCAAGGAUGGUUGGAAGAGGUAUUUAUGCAUCGAGCCUGGUACCGUCAGUUCAUGGACCAGACUUGAGGCCGGCGAUGCCUGGGAAGGCACUUGUGCCUUUGAGAGUAAGCUGUGA